GGGGUGUGUUUGUGCAUGUGCGAUGGUCAGAUAAGGGCAGAGAGGCGAGGCUUUAAAGAGACACAGGGAGAAUCCAGGCCAGUGUCUGCCGGCUGCAUAGUUGUUAUCAGAUGUGGGCAGGGAGGGAACGAGUGCACACACUCACACAAUCACUGUGCAUAUUAUGUAGGAUUGUUUUCGGGCAGGGAGUCGGCCAGACAUCCCGUCAGGCAUCUGCCUGUCUCUGCACAGUGCUAAUUUUUGGGGGGCUGCAAGACCAGAGCUUGUGAUCACUCAUCACCACAGCCUAACCAAGGAGCAGGAAGCAGGGAGGAUCCUCAAACACCACAGAGCUGCUUAAAAAAUCUCAGCUCUGUGUAGAGAGAGGACAGAAAUGCACAGGUGUUGCUAGAGAGAGAGAGAGAGAGAGAGAGAGAGAGAAGGGAGCAGAGACAAGGAGAGAGGGAGAGAGAGAGAGAGAGAGAGGAAGGGGGAAGGUGUAGGAGGAGACUUGACUGGCUUCAUAGGGGAAUAGGAGCCAGAGAGCAAUUCCAAAACAGCUGUCCGGCAGACGUCCCAGUCGUCAGAAGUGCAGCCCGAGGCAGAGUCAGGAGGCAGGGCAGUGUCAACAAGCCACAGGAGCAGCACAGCAGCCACUCAACACACACAUAAAUGUGGGGCUGCAGCAUUUGGGAGAACACCAGUGGUACCCGUGAAGGAAUCGAGCUUGAGAAUCCCCAUCGGAACAUCUGAAGUGAGUACAAGUGCCCAUUGGACCUUUCUACACCAGCAGACGUGUCUCAUUUGGAUUCCUGUUUCCCGAUCGAUGCUGCAACUGCUGCAAUUAUUUUUGGAGUCCUGUUUGACCAGCGUGCUUCUGAGGAUGUAACUCUAGCUUCGCCCCUGAGGAACUGUAACGUCCAGAGCUUAAAGAGCACAUCCAACUUGUCCAUCCAGCAUUUAUCUGAGCUCUUCGUCACAGAAACAGCCAUGCCAGCAAAAGCCCCCAUAUACCUGAAACCAACCAAUAAUAAAAAGGGGAAAAAAUGUCGUCUCAGAGAUAUGUUGUCCCCAGAUAUGAUCAGUCCACCACUCGGGGACUUUCGUCACACAAUCCACAUUGGCAGGGGUGGGGAGAGGGACGUCUUUGGAGACAUGUCCUUCCUCCAGGGGAAGUUUGAGCUUUUACCAGGGAAGGUGGAUGUCCACCCUCAGUAUGGCAUCCAAGGCGAGUUUCUGCGAGCAAACAGUAUCGGCGAUGCUUCCUUCGCAGAGACUCCCUCUCCGGUACUCAAGAAUGCCAUCUCCCUCCCAACUAUUGGUGGCUUCCAGGCCCUCACCCUUCCACUGAUAUCCUCCACUGUGUUCUCCAUGCCCCCAGAGCCAUUGGACAACAUCAUGGGGCCUGCAGCUCCAAUGAAACCGGACUGCUCUGAGGCAGUCGAGAUCCUACAGAUGGAUGCUUUGUUGCGUUCCAUGGAUGUCUUUGGCAACGGGUCGUCAUCUCCUUCCACAGAUAUCCAGUCAAAGCCAGAUGUCCUAUUGGAUCUGCUGGAAAACACCGAUAUGUCCACCUCUAAGGCAGUUGCCAAAGCCAACAAAAUAAAUAAGAGUGAAAGUAUAUUUGAUAAGUCAUCAUCUUAUUAUAUCAACAGCCACAGCAGCAGCAUCUACAAAGCUAACGGAAGUCUGAACAGCACCAUAAGCACUGACAGCUUUGACAGCUUUAGCGGCAAAGGGGACUUUCCAAACAAGAACUGCAAUGGUAAGGCGAGUCUCAGCAGCAACAGCAAUAUUUAUGGACACUUUAACAAUGACAUUAGCCUGGGCUUCAAUCAGGAGCUUCCAAAGUGCAACAGAGAGUGGGUGGAUAGGGACAGUGGUGUGGAGGAGGGUCGCAUCUGUGAUUUUAAUUUUGAGUUUUCCAAGGAGAAGAGCACGUCGCAGGACUCCCUCACCCAGAUCACAGGGUCAUUCCUCUCCCUCGAACUUGAUCUGGGCCCAUCCAUCCUCGAUGAUGUGCUCAACAUAAUGGAUAAACCCGCAGCAAAGAGCAGGCCUUGAGCUGUGGUGAGGUCCUAAAGAAGAAGAGGAAAGGAAUUUUCAAACUAUAGCCACGUGGAGAGAGACUCACAAAGCAAUCAAAAUGGUGUCUGGAUAUAUCAUUAAGAUCAAAAUGAGCUAGAAAAGACUGAGUUGCUUAUGUUGUCAUUGUCAAAACACGUAAAUAUUCUUGCUUCUAUGGAGUGUUGAUUCUUCUAUUUGUUCUUUAUCAUGCUAGCUGCAUGUGUAGGAUGCAUGUGAUAGUGGGUAACAGCUAGAUCACAGCCAUUGUGCCUUUGCUUUUAAUUUACUUUACGUGUUUUACGUUGACUUUCACGGUAUCAUUUUAAGGCUCCUUGCUUUUUUUACGCUGUCAGACUCUCGAUGAACAUUUAGCAUUCUGUGAAUUUAAAUGUGUUUAACAAAGCACUCAUUUGUUUGUCACUUAGGUCAUUUCCCACAUGACAAUUUCAAACAGAACACUAUGCAUAUUUGUGUUUUUGAAACUGUAACACAAAUAAAUUAAUUUUGUGCCAUUUUGGCCAA